CUUCUUGUAUUUCACCUCUUACAGCUUUUACAAAGUUUUUAUUUGAUAGGACAAGCACAGUGAGGGCAUUAGGACCAAGAGAAAGACGCACACAUUGCUCUGUAUUAUGUCUGGCAAAGUGCUUCCUGACUGAGUGCCGUAGUUAUGUGUGAAACAAAGUCAGGGACCGACUACUUCUCAUCUGUUGAUCACAGUUAAGUUGAAGCCUCUGAACGGGGGAGAGCUGUCAGAUCUGCUUUCAGAGAUACAGCGCUUCAAUCCAGGCAGCAAUUGGAAACUUUGAAGAAGCAGGAUCUACUCCAGAAAGAAACUAUGAGAAACAGCAUUUCUUUCAACUUAGAAUUUUAAAAGGGGGAAAAAAAUCAAAGCUUUAGUUACUCUUUUAAUCARCAAAGCAUGCACUUUCCUAACUAAGCUGGGACUCCGUAUAAUAAAGGAUCUACUUUAUCUCACUGGAUCCAUGCUACGUUUUACUACAGUAAGUACAGUAUUAAUAGGAAUGUUAUAAUUUUUUUUCUUUCUGCAAAUAGAGAGGGAAGCAUGAAAUGGCAUCAGUGAAAUGUGAGGGGAACAAAAAAAAUCCUCUUGGCAGACAGUGAAAACCAGGGCUUUUGUGCAACCCGAGGACUGGAAUCUGAGGAAGAUCGAAGUGAUAUUUAACAUGACCAUCUGUAUCAUUUUGUCAUCAACAGUAUGUUCUUGAGGAAGAAGUGCAGAUAUGGAUCACGUAAGCUGCAGUUUCUCUUGUUAUUUCUGAUGCUGGGUUUUUUGCUACUGAUGGUUACAACGCUGAAUCCACCACCCAGCAACCAGAGCAAGGAAGGGACUUUCCAGCCUGUGGAGUUCAACCCCCGGGAAGGGUAUCAGGUGGACUUUGUGGAGACCCAAGAGAUGCUGGAGACCCAGGAGGAGAGCCAGCAGUAUUACCCUUUGGAUGGUUUAUCGCCUUUCAUCUCCCUGCGGGAGGAUGAGUUGAUCAUGGCCGUCGUGUCGCCCACCGGCAAAAGGAACCACAGCAAGGCCAGGAAGGGCUAUCGCGUGGUGAAGCAGCCGAGCAGGCGGCCGGAGGGGAAGGCAGAGGGGGACCCCGAGUCCCGGCCGCUGUCCCUUCCCCUACAGGACGGACAAGCGGCUGCUGAGGGGGAGCGGCCGCUCGGCCUGGAAACCCACGGCUUUAACGAGGCGCUCAGCGAGCGGAUCGCGCUGCGCAGGGACCUGCCUGAGGUACGACACCCGUUGUGCCUACAGCAAAAAUAUGACUCCARUCUGCCUACUGCCAGUAUCAUCAUCUGUUUCCAUGACGAAGCCUGGUCUACUCUGCUGAGAACGGUACACAGCAUUAUGGAUACAGCCCCAAAGGYCUUCCUCAAGGAUAUCAUCCUAGUCGACGAUCUCAGCCAGCAAGGACCCCUGAAGUCAGCUCUGAGUGAAUACAUCUCUAAACUGGAUGGUGUGAAGCUCAUCCGGAGCAACAAGAGGCUUGGAGUCAUCCGAGGUCGGAUGCUGGGAGCUGCACGGGCUACUGGUGAUGUGCUCAUCUUCAUGGAUUCRCACUGCGAGUGUCAGAAGGGCUGGCUGGAGCCCCUCCUGGCCAGGCUCUCCAGCAACCGAAACAGUGUUGUCUCCCCAGUCAUAGAUGUCAUAGACUGGAAGACUUUUCAGUACUAUCACUCCAUGGGCCUGCAUCGAGGUGUAUUUGAUUGGAAAUUAGAUUUUCAUUGGGAACCAGUGCCACAGCAUGAAGAGAAGGUACGACAGUCUCCCAUCAGCCCUAUCAGGAGUCCAGCRGUAGCUGGUGCAGUGGUGGCCAUGGAUCGACAUUACUUCCAAAAUACUGGAGCUUAUGAUUCUGACAUGACCAUGUGGGGAGCAGAAAACCUGGAGCUGUCUAUAAGGACCUGGCUCUGUGGUGGCUCUGUAGAAAUUAUCCCAUGCUCCAGAGUUGGGCAUGUCUAUCGAAAUCACUUCCCCCAUGCUUUCUCCUAUGAAGAGGCCAUUGUGAGGAACAAAAUCCGAAUAGCAGAGACCUGGCUGGGCUCAUUUAAAGAGAACUUCUACAAACAUGACACAGUGGCUUUCUUAAUCAGCAAGGCAGAGAAGCCAGACUGCAGUGAGCGCCUUCAGCUGCAGAAGAGACUUGGCUGUAGGAAUUUUGAGUGGUUUGUAUCAAAUGUGUACCCUGAACUCUCCCAGCCUGGAGACACACCAAGAUUCUCUGGCAAGCUUUACAAUACUGGUGUUGGCUUCUGUGCAGAUUACAGACCUGGAAGAGCCACUGCAGAUGGCUCUAUUGAGUUCUCCCCUUGCAGUGACAGUCUCACCCAGCACUUUGAAUACAACAGCAUGAAGGAAAUCCGGCUUGGUUCUGCUCCGCUGCUUUGCUUUGAUGUAAGACACGGGAAGGUUAUCCCUCAAAAUUGUACAAAGGAGAUAGACAACAGCAACCAGCACUGGGAUGUCCAGGAGAAUGGAAUGAUUGUCCAUGUCCUUUCUGGCAAAUGCAUAGAGGCAGCAACGAAGGAAGAUGAGAAGGACUUAUUUUUGUCUGCAUGCAACAAGAAUGCAAAUCAGGUGUGGCAAUUUCAACGUUCCCAUGGGCUACGCCAGAGGUGACUGAUAGGUUUAUGUGGAGGUCAAGUCUCCAAAGUUUAACGUUACUUCUGCUUGGGAUUUGAGAUGUAUUUCCUGCAAGGACAAGAAAGAUGUUUGUGUUUGCUGUAGCAUGCAGUGAAAUCAGGAGGGUCUCUCAUUUGAAAGCCUGGCUCCUGGUUAAUCCAGCUCUAGCUAAAAUUUCUAUUUAUUCUGUGAAGCAGGGACUAGAGAGACUGUGAGAAUCAAUAAAUUCUGAACCAUGCUAUUGCAGAAGACAGUUAAGUUUGCCCUUUGAAGGAAACGUGGAAAAUUGGCUGCCAGACAGCUUGUCUUCAGCAUAUUCUGUGACUUCUGAGGAUACAGGAUAAAAGUGUUUGUGAGACUUUUGAAACUGUAAGAGGAAGCCAGCCAAACCAGGACAGGAGUUCAGUGUUGUUUUACAGUGCMCUCGACUCAUAUAAAACAAAAUAGGUUUUGUAUGUAUAAAAGUAAUAGAUGUUUCCACAYGUAAUAGUAAAAAUUUUGUUUUCCAAUUAGCCUGAGCCAAAUUUCUACUCUCUGUGAGAUUACACARAGCAUAAAUUGACACUUAAUUAGGCACUAAAUGCUCUAAUUGACUUGGAAUACUAAAAGUCCUCAGUGUUUGGCACAGCCUUCCUUAAAUCCUUGUCCACAAUCUAAUUUGGAUAGGAGAAUGAGACUGAAACAUUAACAAWUUUUUUUCUUGUUUGUUUUAAUUGUAUUUAAGGACAACUCCUCAAGAAACUUGAGGUAGUAAAGAGGGUAACAACUUCUCUGCUUAUUUGGGGAUAGAAAGAAUCGGCAGCAUCCAUUUGGUUUGUACAGCCAUGGGAUGAGCUUAUUAUUAUUAUUAUUACUAUUAAUAUUGCAGUAACAGAAAUGCUGGCUGAAAACAGCAAGGAAGGGAAACAGCCAGUUUCAACAGUGGCUGCCUAGGAAGAAAAUACUGGUUUGCUUCCAUUUGCUUGCAAUCUGAGUUAAGCCUUUCAAGCUGUCAGUUUUGGCCAAGAUGAUCUUGUAGAUUCUUGCUUUUGUGGGUCUCCAAGAUGAUCCURAAAAGAUCAAAUUUUCUAAAGAAGCUUCUUCUGUAGAGCCUGCAUUGCUGCAGACCUGCUGUCUUUCAAAGGAGUGAAUGAGAGACAAGGUUAAGUAAYAAGAAUGGUCUCACAUAGUAUGCACUAGCCAAGCUUCCACUUCAGUAUCUCAUUAGGGUACUUUCCAUUUUGAAGAUAAAAUCAAUAAAGASUACACUUUUCAAGAGCCUGCUAACACAGAAGAACAAAGAUUUGGGAGUCUUCGCACAUCAGUACCACAUCUGAUUAAUAGUAUAAAUCAGUCAUAAUCCUAUGUAUAUAUUAAAGGGGAAGGACAUCGUUAAUGAAACUCAGUUUGGUUUUGAAUUCUUUCCAAAAGACAGAAAAUUGUAGGUUUUUUUUAAAAUGUAUAGCACACUGUUUAAAGAAAGGAAGGAGUAACAGAAUAUUCUGCUCAGAGCCUUCCAGAAACCUGCCUCAGUAAAUCRUAACAAAUCUGUAUCAAGCAUAUAGAUUUGGUUACAAGAGAAGACACGAAGAGCAUUCUGUGUUGCAUUGUCCAAAAMAACUCCCAGUGUCUAGCUCUGUCCACUUUGAGUGCUGCAGAUUCCACACUGUGUUCAGGCAUCACUCCAAUCAUCUUGAUUACCACUUAUGCUUUCUUUGAUAGCAUCAGAAUCAGUUACUAUUUCUGCUGUCUCAUUUAAAAUUUCUURUGACAUUCUGGAAAAUGCUUUAAUUUUCAGCUGAGAGGAUGAUAGCAACCUUUUCCAGAAUACCAAGUGAUCCCUGACCAUUGCCCAAAUCYAGGGUGAGAAAAGAGAAUUCUUUUAAUUGAAUAAAAACUGACUAAAAUGCUGUUUUAAUGACAUGUGAUUCCUUUAUUUUAAAUUAUGAGUAUGCCAGAUGUUUAAUUAUGUAUUAUUUAUUAUAUUUUGGACACUACACUGGGAAUGUAAUUCCUUCAGAAUUUAGGUUAAUGUUAAAAAAUGUUUAUACAAAUAUGGUAAUUGAACUCAAGUGAUAUCACAAAGAAGGAUGAAAAGAUUUUUUUUGUUUAGAGAGGUAAUGUUUGGAAUUAAAUUUCAGAGACAUGGACAUCUUCCUUUGUACUACUUUUUAACAUAAUGAUAAAAAACUAGAAAGUAAGGUUUGCUGUAGAUAUCUACAAUAGAAAAAUGUGUUACCUAACACCUCUUCAAAAAUAAAAUGAAAAUAAAU